AUGCCGUGGACUGUGACCAAUUCUUUUAAGCGAGGCCUGAUGAAAACAUACGGAAGACCAACAUGGCGCGUCUAUGACGAUGAACGAGCCGCGAAAAAAAGACGCGUCCAAGAUGAUAAUGAGGCAGAAACAAAUCUGCAAUACGCGAUUCGCGAGUCUUCCGCGGCCGUAUUAUCUAGCCCUUCGCGACGGAACUCCGUAGUCUUGUCGGAAGGCACCUUGGACGAUAUCGACGAUCUUACCACUCCGCCCUCCUCGCCACCUCCCCGAUUAACUCCUCCGCCAGCAAAUACUCGCAAACCAACUUUUUCUUUUCUUAAGCGCAAGCAUAAAGAUGUCGCCACCGGCUCUCCGCUGACGGAGGUCAACUCCAAUAGUGUGCGCUCCUCCGCGGAUCCGCCCAAGCAGCAGCAACAGCAAUCGCUGCCACAGAAAUUGACGCCAAAAUCACAGGCCCCACUGCGCCAGAUGCAGAUUGAUUUGGGGAAUGAAGUGCGCAAAACAUGUGCGACAUGUGGCAUGGAGUAUAUACCGUCUAACUCGGAAGACGCGGCUUUACAUAAAAAGUUCCACGAGAUGAAUUCGACAGGCGUGGAUUUGGGCAAGGCUUUUAUGCGCGCGAAUGCAUCGCGAUGGGUAUAUGAAGCAACGCGAUUUGAUGAAGGUUACGUGGUUAUUGUGGAUCGCAAGGCUUCACCAAGUGCGAAGAAUCAAGCAAAGAAGGUCCUCGAAGUGGUUAAUAAGGAGUUGUCAUCGCCUGAGAUUGAUGAUGAGGUGCUUUGGAGUCAAACAGAACCUCCCAAACACCUUGUUAAGGACGAAAAUGAAGAGAAGGUAGACCGGUAUCGGGUUUUCUUGCAUAUGAAGGAUAGCCGAUGUGUCGGGCUCUGCCUUACUGAACGCAUCUGGGAAUCACGGCCUGUUAUUCCCGGAGAACAGAAUGGCGCGACUCACAACUCGUCGGUUUCAGUGAAGGAUGAACUUCACCAGGCCAUUGUUGGAGUCUCGCGUAUAUGGACAUCUGGGGCGUCCAGAAGAAAGGGCAUUGCGCUUGAUCUACUGGACUGCGUGGUCAGCAAUUUUAUUUAUGGCAUGGAGAUCUCUAAAGAUCAAAUUGCAUUCAGUCAGCCCACAGAGAGUGGGAAGCGACUGGCUUCUAAGUUUUUCGAAGACGAGGAGACAUGGCAUGUGUAUAACGAGCGUUGA